AUGACGCCCGGCGUGCUGCUCUUGCAACUGCUAGUGGCGAUCUCGACGGCAGUGGCGGAGGUCACGUCUGACGCGCCCACGACGGCACUGUCCCCCGCCACAGGAGAUGCCACCCUGGCCUUCGUCUUCGAUGUCACUGGCUCCAUGUGGGAUGAUCUGAUGCAGGUGAUCGACGGCGCCUCGCGCAUUCUGGAGCGCAGCCUGAGCAGUCGAAGCCGGGUCAUCGCCAACUAUGCAUUGGUGCCUUUCCACGACCCAGAUAUCGGCCCAGUGACCCUCACAGCAGACCCAGUGGUAUUCCAGAGAGAACUGCGGGAGCUCUAUGUUCAGGGAGGCGGUGACUGCCCAGAGAUGAGCGUGGGUGCCAUCAAGGCUGCCGUGGAGGUUGCCAACCCGGGGUCCUUCAUCUAUGUCUUCUCUGAUGCACGUGCCAAAGACUACCACAAGAAGAACGAGCUCCUGCAGCUCCUGCAGUUGAAGCAGUCACAGGUGGUUUUUGUGCUGACGGGGGACUGUGGUGACCGCACCCAUCCUGGCUACUUGGCCUACGAGGAGAUUGCGUCCACCAGCUCUGGACAGGUGUUCCAGCUGGACAAGCAGCAGGUGGCAGAGGUGCUAAAGUGGGUGGAGUCAGCAAUCCAGGCCUCCAAAGUACAUCUGCUGUCUGCAGACCAUGAGGAGGAAGGGGAGCACACGUGGAGAAUCCCUUUUGACCCCAGCCUGAAGGAGGUCACCAUUUCACUGAGCGGGCCAGGGCCCGAAAUCGAAGUCCGGGAUCCACUGGGAAGGGUCCUGAAGACAGAUGAAGGUCUCAAUGUACUCCUCAACAUUCCGGACUCAGCCAAGGUCGUAGCCUUUAAGCCCGAGCACCCUGGGCUGUGGGCCAUCAAGGUGUACAGCAGUGGCCGCCACUCAGUGAGAAUAUCAGGGAUCAGUAACAUCAACUUCCGAGCCGGCUUCUCCAUGCAGCCCUCUCUGGACCUCAACCACACCAUCGAAUGGCCUUUGCAAGGUGUACCCAUCUCCCUGGUGAUCAACUCUACGGGCCUGCAAGCACCUGGUCACCUUGAAUCUGUGGAACUCUCACACAGCUCAGGGAAGUCUCUCCUCACUUUGCCCACACAGUUUCUCUCCAAUGGCUCCAACCACCAGCUGUGGGUUGGGCCACCCUUCCAUGUACCAAAGGAGCGCUUUUAUCUCAAGGUGAAGGGCCAAGACCACGAGGGAAAUCCCCUCCUCCGUGUCUCUGGAGUUUCCUACAGUGGAGUGGCCCCAGGCGUGCCGCUGGUCAGCAUGGCCCCCAGGAUCCACGGUUACCUACAGCAGCCCCUGCUGGUGUCCUGUUCUGUAUAUAGCACCCUCCCCUUCCGACUGCAGCUGCAGAGAGACGGAGUGAGGCUGGGCGAGGAGCGGCACUUUCAGGGAUCAGGGAACAGCAGCUGGGAGAUCCCGCGGGCAUCCAAAGCUGAGGAAGGCAUGUACCAGUGCAUAGCGGUCAGCAGAGCCGGGACAGGACAAGCCAACGCUCAGAUUGUCAUCACAGACCCUCCACCACAGCUGGUCCCUGGACCUAAUGUGACUGUGUCCCCAGGGGAGACCGCCAUCCUGUCCUGCCAAGUCCUAGGUGAUAAUCCUUACAACCUGACAUGGGUCCGGGACUGGCGAGCCUUGCCAGUCACAGCAGGCAGAGUCACCCAGCUGCAUGACCUGUCUUUGGAAAUCAGUAACGUCGUCCCCAGUGAUGGUGGGCAGUACCAGUGUGUGGCCAGCAAUGCCAAUGGGGUCACAAGGGCAUCCACCUGGCUCCUGGUGCGAGAGGCCCCUCAAGUCAGCAUCAAUGCCAGGUCCCAGCAUGUCUCCCAGGGUAUGGAGAUGAGGGUCAGCUGCUCAGCAUCAGGGUAUCCCACACCCCAUAUCUCCUGGAGCCGUGAGGGCCUUGCCCUGCCAGAGGACAGCAGAAUCCAUGUGGAUGCCCAAGGAACGCUCAUCAUUCAGGGAGUAGCCCCAGAGGAUGCUGGGAACUACAGCUGCCAGGCUGCUAAUGAAGUCGGCACAGAUGAGGAGACAAUCACCCUCUACUACACAGACCCACCCUCUGUUUCUGCGGUCAACGCCGUGGUUCUCACAGCUGUCGGGGAAGAGGCUGUGUUACAGUGUGUGGCGUCUGGGGUCCCCCCACCCCGAAUCAUCUGGUAUCGAGGGGGUCUGGAAGUGAUUUUGGCUCCUGAAGGCUCCAAGUCCGGGACACUGCGGAUCCCUGCGGCGCAGGAGAGAGAUGCUGGCCUCUACACCUGCAGAGCUGUCAAUGAGCUGGGUGAUACCUCUGCUGAAAUGCAGCUGGUGGUCGGACAUGCACCCAGACUGACGGAUCCUCCCCAGGAUGUCACUGUGGAGCUGGGCAAGAGUGUCUUCCUCACCUGCCGGGCCACAGGCCGCCCACCCCCCAUCGUCACCUGGCGGCGUGGAGAUGGCCAGGCCCUGGAGCCUGGGAGGGGAAGCAGAACUGGGCAACGGGAUUCAGGAGUCUUGGUCUUUCAAAGAGUAGCCCCCAAAGACCAAGCCUUGUAUGUGUGUGAAGCUCGCAAUGUGUUUGGAAAGGCCCAGGCUGAGGCCCAGCUGGUGGUCACUGGACAUGCCCCCCCACAGAUCGCCAGCAGUGCUGCCAUCAUCCGUGUCCUGGAGGGACAGCCUGUGUCCCUGACCUGUGUCAUCCUGGCCGGGAGGCCCCUCCCUGAAAGACGUUGGCUCAAGGCAGGCCGACCUCUCCCUCCAGGAAGCCGCCAUGCUAUCCGUGCUGAUGGCAGCCUCCAUCUUGACCAGACCCUGCGAGAGGAUGCUGGGAAAUACAGCUGUGUGGCCACCAAUGUGGCAGGCUCUCAGCACCGAGACAUGGAGCUGGUAGUCCAGGUGCCACCUAGGAUCCAUCCGACCGCCACCCACCAUGUCACCAAGGAAGGAGUACCAGCCUCUCUCCCCUGCAUGGCCUCAGGUGUUCCUACCCCCACCAUCACUUGGACCAAGGAAGCCAACACCCUGACUACCAGGGGUCACUACAAUGUGAGCAGGGAUGGUACCCUGGUCAUUGUCCAGCCAUCUCCCCAGGAUGCAGGCGCCUAUGUGUGCACAGCCACCAACAGCGUGGGCUUCUCCAGCCAGGAGAUGUGGCUCUCUGUUAAUACCAAACCCAGGAUCAAAAUGAAUGAGUCCCAGGCCAUGGAGGCUCCUUUGAGAGUCACAGUCAAGGCUGGUGAAGAGGUGACCCUGGACUGUGAGGCCCAAGGCUCUCCGACCCCACUGGUCACCUGGACCAAGGACGCCCACCCUCUGCUGUCUGUCACCAACAGGUACGAUCUCCUCCCAUCGGGCUCCCUGCGCCUGGCCCAGACACAGGUGGAUGACAAUGGCCACUAUGAGUGUACAGCCAGCAACCCGGCAGGGGCCACAUCUCGCCAUUACACCCUCAAGGUUCAAGUUCCCCCUCAGGUGCAGCCCGGCCCUCGAGUCCUGAAGGUGCUGGCUGGAGAAGCCCUUGAUUUGAACUGUGCGGCGGAGGGCAACCCAGAACCCCAGCUGAGCUGGUUCAAGGAUGGGAUGGCCCUGAGGGGUGAGGGACCCCAGGGCUCCGUCCACUUCGCUGCUGUCCAGACCUCUGACGCUGGGCUAUACCGCUGUGAGGCCUCCAGCAUCGCUGGCACUGAUACCUGGAACCUGGAGCUUCGUGUUCUGGAGCCACCACACUGGGGGGCUGACGAGACCAAGGGCUUGCUGGAGCGAGUGGCUGGAGAGAAUGCCAGUCUGCGGUGCCCUGCCCGAGGGACACCAAAGCCACAAAUCACAUGGCGGAGGGGCCCAUCCUCAGAGCCUCUGAAUGGCCGGGAAGAUGUGGUAGUGCUGGACGAAGGGUCACUGUUCCUGUCCUCAGUGUCUCUUGCAGACAGCGGAGAGUACGAGUGCCAGGCCACCAAUGAGGUGGGCUCUGCGUCCAGGAGAGCCAAGCUGGUGGUCUAUGUACCCCCCAGCAUCCGGGAAGAGGGGCGCAUGACCAACGUGUCGGGACUGGCUGGGCAACCUCUGACGCUGGAGUGUGACGUAAACGGCUUUCCAGUCCCAGAGGUGGUGUGGCUCAAGGAUGGGCAUUUGAUCCCAGAGGCAGAUGACCAUCACCUCCUGGAUGGUGCCCGCUCCCUCUGCUUCCCCAGGAUCCAGGAGAGUGAUUCUGGCCUCUAUACCUGCCGGGCUGAGAACCAGGCCGGGAGCGCCCAGAGGGACUUCAGUCUUGCUGUGUUCAUCCCUCCUUCCUUGCUGGGAGCUGGGACUGCUCAGGAGGUGCUGGGCCUGGCUGGUGCUGAUGUGGAACUGGAGUGUCAGACCUCAGGGGUCCCCACACCCCAGGUGGAGUGGACCAAGGAUGGGCAGCCCAUCCUUCCAGGGGACCCUCACACCCUGCUCCAGGAGGAUGGCCAGGUUCUCAGAAUUAUCAGCAGUCACCUGGGUGAUGAAGGGCGGUACCAGUGUGUGGCCUUCAGCCCAGCUGGCCAGCAGGCCAAGGACUUUCAGCUCAUCAUCCACUCACCUCCCACUAUCUGGGGCUCUAAUGAGACAGGGGAGGUGACCAUCCUGGAGGGCCACACGGCACAGCUCCUCUGUGAGGCCCGAGGAAUGCCAGCCCCUGACAUCAUCUGGCACAAGGAUGGAACCCUGCUGGCCCCCAGCUCCGAAGUGGUUUACAGCAAGGGUGGCCGGCAGCUGCAGCUGGUGAAGGUCCAGCGUUCCAACGCUGGCCUCUAUACCUGCCAGGCCAGCAACCCUGCAGGGGUCACCAAGAAAUCCACCAGGCUGGAGGUUUAUGUUUCACCUACCAUCGAGGGUGCUGAUGGAGGGCCGUACCUGGUGCAGGCCGUGGCUGGGAGGCCCGUGGCUCUGGAGUGCGUGAGCAGAGGCCAUCCACCCCCUACCAUCUCCUGGCAGCACGAAGGGCUGCCAGUGGUAGACAGCAACGGGACAUGGCUGGAGGCAGGCGGUGCCCUGCAGCUGGAAAACCCAGGCGAGGCAUCCGGUGGUCUCUACAGCUGUGUGGCCAGCAGCCCUGCUGGAGAGGCUGUGCUGCAGUACUCCGUGGAGGUGCAGGUGCCCCCACAGCUGCUGGUGGCUGAAGGCAAGGGUCAGGUGACUGCCGUCGUGGGACAGUCUUUGGAUCUUCCGUGCCAGGCAUCAGGUUCUCCGGUGCCUACCAUCCAGUGGCUGCAGAAUGGCCGCCCAGCCGAGGAUCUGGCUGGAGUGCAGCUGGCCUCCCAGGGGACUGUAUUGCACAUCAGCCGUGUGGAGCUGGCUCAUUCAGGCCUCUUUGCCUGCCAGGCCACCAAUGAGGCAGGGACAUCUGGGGCCGAGGUGGAGGUCUCUGUGCAUGAGCUCCCCUCGGUGCACAUCAUGGGUGGUGAGAACCUCACAGCCCCUUUCCUGCAGCCUGUGACCCUCCAGUGUGUCGGUACUGGAGUGCCUACCCCCAGCCUCCGUUGGUGGAAGGAUGGUGUGGCCAUGGCAACCUCAGGGGGCAGACUUCAGAUCGAGAAGGCAGACCUGAGAGAUGAAGGUGUCUACACGUGUGCGGCCACCAACCUGGCAGGGGAGAGCAAGAAGGAUGUAACACUAAGGGUUCUGGUGCCCCCCAACAUUGAGCCUGGUCCAGUCAACAAGGCAGUUCUGGAAAAUGCCUCAGUUACCUUGGAGUGCCUGGCUUCAGGUGUGCCCCCUCCAGAUGUCUCCUGGUUCAAGGGUCGCCAGCCUAUCUCUACCCAGAGAGGGGUGACAGUUUCAGCUGAUGGGAGAGUUCUUCAUAUUGAACGAGCCCAGCUUUCUGAUGCAGGGAGCUACCGCUGUGUGGCAACAAAUGUGGCGGGCAGUGCAGGACUUCGGUAUGGCCUACGGGUCAACGUACCACCCCGAAUCACCCUGCCACCCAGCCUGCCAGGCCCAGUACUACUUGGCACACCCUUCCGUCUAACCUGCAAUGCCACUGGCAUCCCCAACCCUACGCUGAUAUGGCUGAAGGAUGGAAACCCUGUGUCCCCCAAAGGGACCCCUGGCCUCAAGAUCUUCCCCGGAGGCCAAGUCCUCACUGUGGCCAGCACCCAUGCUUCUGAUGCGGGCAGCUACUCCUGUGUAGCAGUGAGUGCUGUGGGCGAGGACCGCAGGGACACCAUUCUGCAAGUUCACAUGCCCCCCAGCAUCCUCGGAGAAGAGCUGAACGUGUCUGUCGUAGUCAAUAAAUCAGUGGCACUGAAGUGCGAGAGUCAUGCUGUGCCUCCCCCUAAGCUUAGAUGGCAGAAGGAUGGGAGACCCCUGGAGCUGCACCCUGGCAUCCGCUUCUCUGCAGACAAGGCCGUAUUGGAGGUGGACCAAGUGAAGGUGCGGGACUCGGGACGCUACACCUGUGAGGCCCUGAACCAGGCCGGCCGCUCUGAGAAGCACUUCAACUUGAAUGUCUGGGUCCCUCCAGCGUUUCCCUCAAAGGAGCCUUACACUCUGAUGGUGAGCGAGGGGCAGACUGCCAGAUUGUCGUGUGACUGCCAGGGCAUUCCCUUCCCCAAGAUAUCAUGGAGGAAAGACGGCCAGCCCCUGCCUGGGGAAAGGGAUGGCUCGGGACAGGUGUCGGCAGUAGGGAGGCUACUGUACCUGGGACAGGUCAAGUCAUCCCAGGAGGGGACAUACGUCUGUGAAUGCAGCAACACAGCUGGGACCAGCAGCCAGGAGCAGCAGCUGGAGGUUCUGGUUCCUCCUCAGGUCACUGGCCCUCGGGAGCUGCUCACAGCAGUCUCCGUGGUCCAGGGUGGAAACACUACCCUAGACUGCAAUGCCACAGGGAAACCCCUGCCAGUGGUGACAUGGGAGAGGAAUGGCCAACCUGUCCAGAUGGAACCUGGCCUGUGGCUUCAGAAUCAGAACCACAGUCUACACGUGGAACAGGCACAGGCCUCCCACGCCGGUGACUACAGCUGCGUGGCUGAGAACACAGCUGGGCGUGCUGAGAGGAGAUUCACACUGUCUGUGCUGGUACCUCCUCAACUCCCUGGAGACUUGGACUCCUUGACCAACGUCACUGCCACCUUGCAAGGCUCCUUGACGCUGCUCUGUGAAGCUGCAGGGGUCCCGCCCCCGACAGUCCAGUGGUUUCGGGAGGGACAGCCAAUUGGCCCUGGAGAGAACACCUAUCUCUUGGCAGGUGGCUGGAUGCUGAAGGUGACCCCAGCCUGGGAGCAGGACAGAGGCCUCUACUCAUGCCUGGCCAGCAAUGAGGCUGGGGAGGCACGGAGGAACUUCAGUGUGGAGGUCCUGGUUCCUCCCAGUAUUGAGAAUGAAGACUUGGAGGAGGUAAUCAAGGUGCCCGAGGGACAGACUGCUCAGCUGGUGUGCAAUGCCACAGGCCACCCACCGCCAAAGAUCACAUGGUUCAAAGAUGGCCAGUCCCUGUCUGUUGGAGACCCCUAUGAGAUGUCCCCAGAUGGUGCCUUCCUGUGGGUCCCCCAGGCCAGCUUGUCCAGUGCUGGCCACUACUCUUGCGUCGCUGCCAAUGCCGUGGGGGAGAAGACCAAGCAUGCACAGCUCACCGUCCUGGUGGUUCCCACCAUUCUGGGAGCACCUGAGAAUGCCAUCGAGGAGGUGACUGUGACCAUCAACAAUCCCAUUUCCCUGAUCUGUGAGGCACUGGCCUUCCCAUCCCCCAAUAUCACCUGGAUGAAGGAUGGGGUCCCCUUCAAGGCCUCUAAGAACAUUCAGCUCCUCCCAGGUACCCAUGGCCUCCAGAUCCUGAAUGCUCAGAAGGAAGAUGCUGGCCAGUACACCUGUAUGGUCACCAACGAGCUGGGGGAAGCAACAAAGAACUACCAUGUGGAAGUCCUCAUUCCCCCUUCCAUCUCCAAAGAUGACCCUCUGGGGGAGGUCAGCGUGAAGGAAGUGAAGACGAAGGUGAACAGCACCCUGACCCUGGAGUGUGAGUGCUGGGCCGUGCCCCCACCCUCCAUCAGCUGGUACAAGGACGGAAGGCCUGUGACCCCCAGCCAGCGACUCCAUGUCCUGGGGGAGGGGCGGCUCCUCCAGAUCCAGCCCACCCAGGUCUCUGACUCUGGCCGCUACCUGUGUGUGGCCACCAACGUGGCUGGCGAGGACGAUCAAGAUUUCAAUGUUCUCAUCCAAGUGCCCCCCAUGUUCCAGAAGGUGGGCGAUGUUGAUGCAGGUUUUGAACUUCUGCCCCAUGAAGAGGAAGCCCGGGGCAGAGUGACAGAAUACCGGGAGAUCGUGGAGAACAACCCGGCUCACCUGUACUGUGACACCAACGCCAUCCCACCGCCCGAGCUUACCUGGUACAAGGAGGGUCGGCCCCUGUCAGCCGCAGAUGGGGUCUCGGUGCUGCAAGGAGGCCGAAUCCUACAGCUGCCCCUGGUCCAGGCAGAGGAUGCGGGCAGGUACUCGUGCAAGGCUUCCAAUGAAGUGGGCGAGGAUUGGCUCCACUAUGAACUGCUGGUGCUGACACCGCCAGUGAUCCUGGGGGACACACAGGAGCUGGUAGAGGAGGUGACUGUGAACGCAAGCAGUACUGUCAGCCUGCGGUGUCCAGUUCUGGGGAACCCGACACCCACACUUUCAUGGCUCCAGAAUGGGCUGCCUGUGUCCCCCAGCCCACGGCUUCAGGUCCUGGAGGAGGGACAAGUCUUGCAGGUUUCCACCGCAGAGGUAGCUGAUGCUGCCAACUACAUGUGUGUGGCGGAGAACCAGGCGGGUUCUGCAGAGAAACUCUUUACUCUCAGGGUCCAAGUCCCACCACAAAUCUCAGGCUGGCACGCCGACAAGCUCACCACCACCCUCAACAGCAGUGUCUCCCUCCCCUGCGAAGUUCAUGCUCACCCAAGCCCUGAGGUCACGUGGUACAAGGAUAGCCAGCCCCUCUCCCUGGGACAAGAGGUUUUCCUCCUUCCUGGCACCCACACACUGCGGCUGACACGGGCACAGCCAGCUGAUUCCGGAACAUACCUGUGUGAGGCCCUCAAUGCUGCAGGCCGAGACCAGAAGACCGUACAACUCAAUGUUCUGGUUCCCCCCAGGUUUAAACAGGCUCCUGGAGGCCCCCAGGAGGCCGUUCUGGUCAGAGCAGGGGAUAAAGCCACCCUGAGCUGUGAGACAGACUCACUCCCAGAGGCAGCUGUGACCUGGUUCAAGGACCAGCAGCCCCUAGCCCUGGGGCAGCGGAUUCAGGGCCUACAAGGUGGACAAACACUGGAAAUCCUGGACUCACAGGUAUCAGAUAAGGGAGUGUACAGCUGUAAAGUCAGAAACACAGCUGGAGAGGCCACCCGGACCUUCGUUCUCGCCGUCCAAGUGCCCCCAACAUUUGAGAGAGCUGAGACGGAGAUAGUGAACCAGGUAGCUGGGCGGCCCCUAGUCCUGGUCUGUGAUGUGUCGGGGAUCCCAGCUCCCACUGUGACUUGGCUGAAGGACAGAAUGCCCGUGGAGAGCAGCAUGGUGCAUGGCGUGGUUUCCCGAGGUGGCCGCCUCCAGCUGAGUCACCUGCAGCCAGCCCAGGCUGCUACCUACACUUGUGUGGCUGAGAACACCCAGGCUGAGGCCCGCAAAGAUUUUGUAGUGUCUGUACUAGUGCCUCCCCAGAUCCAGAACUCAGGCAUGGCACAAGAACACAAUGUGUUAGAGAAACAGGAGAUACGACUGGACUGCGAGGCUGAAGGACAGCCACCGCCAGAUAUAACCUGGCUGAAGGACGGUGGCCCGUUGGACCAGCAUGUGGGGCCACACCUCCGGUUCUACCUGGAUGGCAGCUCCCUGGUGCUGAAGGGCCUAAGAGCAGCCGACUCAGGUGCCUACACCUGUGUGGCCCACAACCCGGCUGGGGAGGAUGCCAGGCUGCACACAGUAAAUGUACUGGUUCCUCCCACCAUUGAGCAACGAGAUGGUGACACAGGGACCCUGGUAAGCAGGACUGGAGAGCUGGUGACCAUGAUGUGCCCUGUCCGGGGAUCCCCACCUAUCCACGUGAGCUGGCUCAAGGACGGCCUUCCCCUUCCCCUCUCGCAGCGCACCCACCUCCACAGUUCUGGCCGCACCCUCAGAAUUUCUCAGGUGCAACUGGCAGAUUCAGGCGUCUUCACCUGUGUGGCUGCAAGCCCAGCUGGUGUGGCUGACAGGAACUUCACCGUGCUGGUACUCGAACCCCCCACCCUGGAACCAGCAGAGUUUCAGAAUGAUGUGAUGGCUGUCCAAGGCUCUGAAGUGGUCCUCCCGUGUGAGGCCCGAGGAAGUCCCCUGCCCCUUGUGUCAUGGAUAAAAGAUGGGGAGCCCUUGUUGCCCCAGAGCCUUGAGCAGGGGCCUGGCCUGAAGCUGGAAGCAGUGACAGUUGGUGAUUCGGGGACUUACUCCUGCAUGGCAGCGAGCGAGGCAGGGGAGGCCAGGAGAAGCUUCCGGCUGACAGUGAUGGAUCCCCCUCACAUUGAGGACUCUGGCCAGACCUCAGAGCUGUCACUGACACCUGGUGCCCACCUGGAACUCACGUGUGAGGCCCAAGGCAUCCCCCCACCCAACAUCACUUGGCAUAAAGAUGGCCAGGCCCUGAGGAGAGGAGAGAAAGGUAGCCAAGCUGGACGUGUGCUCCACGUGAGGAACGUGCAGGUGAACAAUGCAGGGCUGUACACCUGCCUGGCUGAGAGCCCUGCAGGUGAAGUUGAGAAGAGCUUCCGGGUUAGGGUUCAAGCCCCUCCAAAUGUUGUUGGGCCCCGGGGUCCCCGCUCUGUGGUUGGCUUGGCUCCCGGGCAGCUGAUUCUGGAGUGCUCCGUGGAGGCGGAGCCAGCACCGGAGAUUGAGUGGCAUCGAGGUGGCAUCCUGCUUCAGGAAGAUGCCCACACUCAGUUCCCGGAGCAGGGCAGGUUCCUCAAGCUGCAGGCGCUGAGCACAGCCGACGGUGGAGACUACAGCUGCACAGCCCGCAACACCGCAGGCAGCACCAGCGUGGCUUUCCACGUGGAGAUCCACACGGCACCCACCAUCCAGCCAGGACCGACCUCAGUGGACAUCUCAGUGAACCGCACGGCCCUGCUGCCCUGCCAGGCCCACGGCGUACCCACGCCCCUCAUGAGCUGGCGGAAGGAUGGGGUCCUUCUGGAUCCUGGGAACCCCAGGCUGGAGUUUCUGCCUGAGGGCUCGCUGAAGAUCCAUCCAGUCCUGGCACAGGAUGCAGGACACUACCUCUGCCUGGCGUCCAACUCUGCUGGUUCUGACCGGCAAGGCCUAGACCUCAGAGUCUUUGAGCCCCCGACCAUUGCCCCUGGCCCCUCCAACCUGACCCUGACCGCCCACAGCCCAGCCUCGCUGCCCUGUGAGGCCAGGGGUUCUCCCAAGCCCCUGGUGAGCUGGUGGAAGGAUGGGCAGAAGCUGGACUUCCGCCUGCAGCAAGGCGCCUACCGGCUCCUGCCUUCCAAUGCCCUGCUCCUUGCAGCUCCUGGCCCUCAGGACUCAGCCCAGUUUGAGUGUGUGGUGAGCAACGAGGUGGGAGAGUCCCGCAGACGCUACCAGGUGACCGUCCUCGUUCCUCCCACCAUUGCGGAUGACCAGACAGCUUUCACGGUGACCAGGAUGGCACCCGUGGUCCUCACAUGCCACAGCACAGGGUCACCAGCCCCAGCCGUGUCCUGGAGCAAAGCAGGCACCCAGCUGGGAGCAAGGGGCAGCGGCUAUCGAGUCUUACCCUCCGGUGCUCUGGAGAUUGAGCAAGCCCUUCCUAUCCACACUGGCCGCUACACCUGCACAGCUCGCAAUGCUGCGGGGGUGGCCCGCAAGCACAUGGCCCUCACAGUGCAAGCCUCCCCCGUGGUGAAGCCACUGCCCAGCGUGGUUCAGGUUGUGGCGUCGGAGGAGGUGCUGCUGCCCUGUGAGGCCUCUGGCAUCCCCCAGCCAGCGAUUAUCUGGCAGAAGGAGGGUCUCAGCCUCCCUGAAGGAACACGUACACAGAUACUCACCAACGGCCAGCUGUGGAUCACGCACACCAGCCCAGAGGAUGCCGGGAACUACUUCUGCAUUGCCCAGAACAGUGUGGGCAGUGCCAUGGCAAAGACCAGGCUGGUAGUGCAAGUCCCGCCCGUGAUUGAGAAUGGCCUCCCAGAUUUGUCCACCACUGAGGGCUCCCACUCCCUCCUGCCCUGUACAGCCAAGGGCAACCCUGAGCCAACCAUCACCUGGGAAAAGGAUGGCCAACUGGUGUCUGAAGCUGAUGGCAAAUUCUCCCUGCAGCCUUCUGGGGAACUCCUGGUGAAGAACUCUGUGGACCAGGAUGCAGGCACAUACAUCUGCACUGCAGAGAAUGCUGUGGGCCGUGCCCGCCGCCGUGUGCAUCUCACUAUUCUGACACUGCCUGUCCUCACCACCUUGCCUGGGGACCGCAGCCUGCGCCUUGGGGACAGGCUAUGGCUUCGCUGUGCAGCCCGGGGCAGCCCAACACCCCGCAUUGGCUGGACCAUCAACGACCAGCCUGUGACAGAGGGGGUGUCUGAGCAGGAUGGGGGCAGCAUACUGCAGCGGGCAGCCGUGGCCAGAGAGGAUAGCGGGACCUACGUGUGCUGGGCUGAGAACAGAGUUGGCCGUGUUCAGGCUGUCAGCUUCAUCCACGUGAAAGAGGCGCCAGUCCUGCAAGGCGAAGCCUUCUCCUACCUAGUAGAACCUGUAGGGGGCAACAUCCAGCUAGACUGUGUGGUUCAUGGAGACCCAGCUCCAGACAUCCGCUGGACCAAAGAUAGCCUUCCACUGCCAGUUAGCCGCCUCUACCUCCUGCAGCAGAAUGGAUCCCUGACCAUCCUCAGGACCAAGAUGGAUGAUGCGGGACGGUACCUGUGCGUGGCCACCAAUGAGAUGGGUACUGUGACGAAAGCCGUGACACUCGUGCUUCAGAGUGCCCCGGUGUUCCUGGUGGAGCCUCGGGACCUGACAGUGAGGUCCGGAGAGGAUGUGGAGCUGCGGUGCCAGGCCACGGGGGAACCUGUGCCCACAAUCGAGUGGCUCCGGGCAGGUCGACCGCUACAGGCUGGCCAGAGGCUCAGGACCCUGCCCGAUGGGAGCCUAUGGCUGGGGCAUGUAGAAGCUGGAGAUGCUGGGGCAUAUGAGUGUGUUGCACACAACCCUCUGGGCUCUGCCACAGCCCAGGCGUUGCUGGCUGUGAGAGGGGAGCCCCGGGGCAGCCAGGGCAACAUGAUCGGGGUCAUCAAUGGUCAAGAACUUGGUAUGGCUACUCUCAACACCAGUGUGCACCAGGAGGGCAGUUCUGGGCUCCCUACCAUCUGGAGCAGCAUCAGCCACAUCCCAGCAAGUGUGGGACCUCUGAUGCGGGUGUUAGUGGUCACCAUUGCGCCCAUCUACUGGGCCCUGGCUGGAGAGAGUGGAAGGGCCUUAAAUGGCUAUUCCCUGACGGGUGGCAGCUUCCAGCAGGAGUCACACCUGGAAUUUUCUACAGGGGAGCUGCUCACAAUGACCCAGGUGGCUCGGGGCCUGGAUCCUGAGGGACUCCUGCUCCUGGACGUGACGGUCAAUGGCAUGAUCCCGGAGAGCCUGGCCGAUGCCCAUCUGCACAUGCAGGACUUCCAGGAACACUACGUACAGACAGGGCCUGGCCAGCUGUUCGUGGGCUCCACACAACGCUUCCUCCACGGUGGCCUCCCAGCCUCUGUGCGUUGCAAUCAUAGCAUCCAGUAUGAUGAGGCCCGGGGCCCCCAGCCCCAGCUGGUGCAGCACCUUCGGGCCUCAUCUAUCAGCUCGGCCUUCGACCCUGAGGCAGAGGCCCUGCGCUUCCGGCUCACCACGGCCCUGCAAGCGGAAGAAAAUGAGGUUGGCUGUCCUGAGGGCUUUGAGCUGGACUCCCAGGGAGCAUUUUGUGUGGACAAGAAUGAAUGCUUGGGGGGUCCCAGCCCCUGCUCCCAUACCUGUCACAAUGCCCCUGGUCACUUCUCCUGCUCCUGCCCCACUGGCUUCACCCUGGCCUGGGACCACAGGAACUGUAGAGAUGUGGAUGAGUGUGUGGGGGACGCCCACCUCUGCCAGGAGGGACAGCGCUGUGUGAACCUGCUCGGAACCUAUACCUGCCUCCCUGACUGUAGACCUGGCUUCCGGGUCACUGCUGAUGGAAAGAGUUGUGAAGAUGUGGACGAAUGUCUGGAGCAGCUGGAUGAGUGUCACUACAAUCAACUCUGUGAGAACACUCCAGGUGGCCACUACUGCAGCUGCCCCAGGGGGUACCGCCAACAAGGCCAUGGCCUUCCUUGCCUAGACAUCAAUGAGUGCCUACAGCUGCCCACACCCUGUGCCUACCAGUGUCACAACCUCCAGGGUAGCUACCGAUGCCUAUGCCCGCCGGGCCAGAUCCUCCUAAGAGAUGACAAGACCUGCGCCCCAUUGGAACGAAACAAUCAAAAUAUCACCACUGUCAGCCUCCGGAGCCCAUUUGUGCCCUGGCUUCGGUCUCGGAUACCCAGGCCCAGUGGCUCCUACCGUGCCUGGGUCUCCCUCCGGCCUGGUUCUGGAGCCCUGAGCAGUGUGGGACGGGCCUGGUGCCCAGCUGGCUUCAUAAGGCAGAGCGGCGUGUGUACAGACCUCGACGAGUGCCGUGUGAGGAGCCUGUGCCAGCAUGCCUGCCAAAACACAGAGGGCAGCUACUAUUGCCUCUGCCCCUCUGGCUACCGCCUCCUCCCCAGUGGGAAGAAUUGCCAGGACAUCAACGAGUGUGAGGAAGAUGGCAUCGAGUGUGGGCCUGGCCAGAUGUGCUUCAACACCCGAGGCAGCUACCAGUGUGUAGACACACCCUGUCCGACCGCUUACCGGCAGGGCUCCAGCCCUGGGACCUGCUUCCGCCGCUGCUCACAGGACUGCAGUGUCAGCAGCCCGUCCACACUACAGUACCGCCUGUUGCCGCUGCCCCUUGGCGUGCGCGCCCACCAUGAUGUGGCGCGCCUGGCCGCCUUCUCCGAGGCUGGCGUCCCUGCCAACCGUACAGAGCUCACAGUGCUGGAGCAGGACCCACGCAGCCCCUUUGCUCUGCGCCAGCUGCGUGCUGGACAAGGUGCUAUCUACACCCGCCGGACGCUCACCCGCGCUGGCCUCUACCGCAUGACUGUACGUGCAGCGGCACCGCGCCACCAGAGUGUCUAUGUCCUGCUAAUCGCGGUGUCGCCCUACCCAUACUGA